AUGACUCUUUUCACCUUCUUUUUCACUUUCUUUCUACUCUCUCUCUUCACUUCCGCGUCGGAACUCCGAUCCUUACUCGAAUUCAAAAAAGGCAUCCAAUCCGACCCACUUGACAAAAUCCUCACCAAAUGGGACCCGUCUUCUUUACCCGAUCCGAGUUCCUGCCCCGGUUCCUGGACCGGUAUCUCCUGCGACCCCAAUUCGGAUUCCGUCAUUGCUAUAACCUUAGACUCCCUUAAUCUCGCCGGUGACUUGAAGUUUUCUACUUUACUGGACCUUAAGUCACUGCAGAAUAUUUCACUUUCGGGUAAUCAGUUUACAGGUCGGAUUGUACCCACAUUGGGAUCCAUGAGCUCGUUACAGUAUUUGGAUCUGUCUAAUAACAAUUUUUCAGGUCCGAUCCCUGGUCGGAUCGCGGAGUUGUGGAAUUUGAAGCAUUUGAACUUGUCAAUGAAUGGUUUUGAAGGCGGGUUUCCGGUUGGGUUACCAGUUGGGUUUAGGAAUUUGCAGCAGUUGAGGGUUUUGGAUUUGAGUUCUAAUAGGUUUUGGGGUGAUAUUAGUGGGGUUUUAAGUGAAUUGAUUAAUUUAGAAAGAGUAGAUUUGAGCGAUAAUGAGUUUUCUGGUGGGUUUAGUGAGAUGAGUGUAGAGAACGUGUCAGGUUUGGCUAAUACAGUGCAUUUUGUGAAUUUGAGUAAGAAUAAAUUGAAUAGUGGUUUUUUCAAAGCAGAGGUAAUUGGGUUGUUUAGGAAUUUGGAGGUUUUGGAUUUGGGAGAUAAUGGGAUUAAUGGAGAGUUGCCUUCAUUUGGGUCUUUGACGAAUUUGAAGGUGUUGAGGCUGGGAAAUAAUCAGCUCUUUGGAGUUAUACCUGAGGAAUUGCUGAACGGGUCGAUGCCGAUUGAAGAAUUGGAUCUUAGUGGCAAUGGAUUUACAGGUUCCAUUCGUGGAAUUCACUCCACAACUUUGAAUGUUUUGAAUCUUUCUUCAAAUGAUUUAACGGGCACUUUGCCCACUUUUCUUCAAAGAUGUUCAGUUGUGGAUUUGAGUGGAAAUAUGAUCACUGGGGACAUGUCUGUCUUGCAAAAUUGGGAAGCUGUAGAGGACCUUGAUUUGAGUUCAAACCAGUUAUCUGGAAGCUUGGCAAACUUGACGCUGUUUGCGAGGUUAAGGAAACUUAAUCUUAGGAAUAAUUCCCUAGGUGGCAAUUUGCCUCCUCAAUUGGUGGAUGUUUCAACAUUGUCUUCAGUUGACCUCAGCUUAAAUCAAUUCAAUGGGUCCAUUCCAGGUGGUUUCUUUACUUCAUUGACCUUGACGAACCUGAAUCUUUCAGGAAAUUGGUUUUCGGGGCCAAUACCUAUUCAAGGUUCAGGUGCAGGUGAAUUAUUAGUUCUACCUUCUUAUCCUUCAAUGGAGUCUCUUGAUCUCUCUCAAAAUUCAUUAUCUGGUAUAUUGCCUUCUGGCAUAGGCAACUUUGCCAAUCUCCAAUCACUGAAUCUUUCGAGCAAUGGCUUGUCCGGACAGCUGCCAAUUGAAUUGAGCAAACUAACCUACUUGCAUUACCUUGAUUUAUCUGCCAACAGAUUUCAGGGUAAAAUCCCUGACAAGCUUCCGUCCAGUCUGAUUGGACUGAACAUUUCCAAUAAUGAUCUCUCUGGAAAUAUUCCACAAAAAUUAAGAAAUAAAUUUGAUAUUUCUUCAUUUCGUCCUGGGAAUCCCUCAUUAAUUGUCCCAAAUGCCGAGGUUGGGCCAUCAACAAAUUCUGUUCCAGAUCAGAUUUCCAGACAAGGUAGACGCCACAGUUCAAAGCGUAAUAUUACAAUAGCAGUAAUUGUUGCUACAGUUGGGGCUGCUGCAAUGAUAGCUUUUGUUUUACUGGCGUAUCAGCGGGCACAGCGAAAAGAAUUUCAUGGGAGAAGUGAUUUUAGUGGUCAAACAACAAGGGAGGAUGCUAAGCUAGGGAGAUCUUCCCGAACUUCCCUCUUCAAAUUCCACUCGAAUGCUCACCGCCCUCCAACUUCGUUGAGUUUUUCGAAUGAUCACUUGCUUACUGCAAAUUCAAGGUCAUUAUCAGGGAAGGCAGAAUUUGGAGCUGAAAUUGUUGAGCAUAAUUUGCCUGAAGGAAUGGUGGCAAGUUCAUCUUCAAUUCCUAAUUUGCUAGAUGACCAUCCCACAACAUCUGGAAGAAAGUCCUCCCCGGGUUCCCCAUUAUCUUCCUCACCUCGUUUUGUUGAACCUACGAAAUUGGAUGUCUAUUCACCAGAUAGGUUGGCUGGGGAACUGUCCUUCCUUGAUAGUUCACUUGCAUUUACUGCAGAGGAAUUAUCUCGAGCUCCAGCUGAAGUUCUUGGCAGAAGCAGCCACGGAACUUUAUAUAAGGCUACUCUAGACAGUGGACAUAUGCUGACUGUGAAGUGGUUGCGGGUUGGACUAGUCAAACAUAAGAAAGAAUUUGCUAAGGAAGUUAAAAAGAUAGGCUCUAUUAGACAUCCAAAUAUUGUUCCACUGCGAGCAUAUUAUUGGGGGCCUAGAGAGCAAGAGAGACUUCUUUUAGCUGACUAUAUCCAGGGUGAUAGCUUGGCUCUACAUCUUUAUGAAACAACUCCUCGGAGGUACUCCUUGUUGUCGUUCAGCCAAAGACUAAAAGUUGCUGUUGAUGUUGCUCGGUGUCUAUUGUAUCUUCAUGACAGAGGCAUGCUCCAUGGAAAUCUAAAGCCGACAAAUAUACUCCUGGAAGGCCCUGAUUACAAUGCUCGCCUCACUGAUUAUGGACUUCAUCGUUUGAUGACCUCAGCUGGCAUUGCAGAGCAGAUACUAAAUCUGGGAGCACUAGGAUAUCGGGCUCCAGAACUUGAUAAUGCUUCUAAACCAGCGCCUUCAUUCAAGGCUGAUGUUUACGCAUUUGGAGUUAUCCUGAUGGAAUUGUUAACCAGAAGAAGUGCUGGUGACAUAAUAUCAGGUCAAUCGGGAGCAGUUGAUCUUACAGAUUGGGUUCUGUUGUGUGAUCAAGAAGGAAGACGAAUGGACUGUAUUGACAGAGAUAUUGCAGGUGGGGAAGAACCGACAAAGGCAAUGGAUGAUUUGCUUGCCAUAUCGCUCAGGUGUAUUCUUCCUGUAAAUGAGAGGCCUAACAUCAGACAAAUCUUUGAUGAUCUCUGUUCUAUAUCCUUUGGGCAUCGAGUCUUGGAGAAUGGAGUUACGGCUAUGAAGGAUGAUAACCAAUUGAUAAAACUUAUAGCCGACAUGGAGAAAUUUGGGGAGAAAAUUUUAGAUUUUUAUCUUGAAUAUAAUAUAGAUAUACCUGUGCUUGAUGUUGAUUUUGAGUUUGUUGAAGAUAAUGAGGCACAUUUAAGUGAUUUUAAGGAUGAUGAGGAUGAAAAUAAAGACAUCUUUGAGAAUUUAGGUGAGAGAGGAAAAGCACAAUCUGUUAAUGCAUAUGCAUCGGUGAGAGAAUGGUGUGCAAAGGAGAGGGAAAAGUUGCAUGGCGUAAACAUUUUUAAAGGUUAUGGUAUGGAAGAAAACAAUUUAAAUUCUCACUAUAGAGAUAGUGAUGAACCGCAUAGUUGA